AUGUCGUUGGUCUUUGAAAUAUUUGGCUAUUCGCCAACAAUCGCCUUGGUUCUCUUCCUGUUGCUUCCUCUCUUAGCAGCCUAUCUUUACACUCAACUUUACUAUUACCGCUUUAAACAGCACGCAUCAUGGCCACAGCCGCAGCCAUCCCUCCUCUGGGGUCAUUUGAAAGUCAUGCACCAGGCUAUACAAGAGUAUGCUGAAUUAAGGCGUACAGAUGCUGCCCUGACAAAGAUAUGGGAAAGCUUGGGAAAGCCAUCUGCAUUCAUACUCGACCUCCGGCCAGCUGAGCGCGUUCUCUGUAUCGUAGCCAGUCAUGAAGUUGCCGAGCAGUUCGUUCAGCCGUCGAAGCAAUUUCCGUACAGCGUUAGUAAAUCGCCGACCAUGCAGCAAUUUACAGACCUCAUUGGUAAAGGGCCGAUCAUUACGCGCGAAGAGAUGGAGUGGAAGAUGCUUCGCAAAAGGUUCAACCCAGGGUUUGCGUUCCCUCAUUUGAUAGGCUUGCUGCCGGUCAUUCUGGACAGGGUCUGGAGAUUUAUGGAUCAGCUCGACGUUCGCGCUCAGUCUGGUGAAGUAUUCAGAUUCGGGGAUCUGUGCAAUUCUGUGACAUAUGAAAUUAUUUGCGCAGUGACUUUGGGAGUCGAUUUGAACAAUCAGUCAGACGUGUCAAGGCAAAGCGAGAUAGGACGUCUUUACUGGAAGCUUCUGUCAAGUUACCUCGAUGGCGAUAGCGCCAUUUUCUGGACUGAUCCACGCAUUAAACGACGUCGGAAGGCUCUGGCGGCAAAAUUGAAUCCUCUCAUCAAAACAUACGUUGAGGAGAAAUUCUUCGACUCCCACGGCAAACCUCUAACGGAUGACACGGUCCGCAUUUCAAAGACCAUCGUCGGCCUUAGUCUGCGCGGAACCGAAGAACUGACCCCGGACAUCUUAGACUCCACAUGUGAUCAAGUCAAAGUAUUUCUCUUCGCUGGACAGGAUACGACGAGCACUCUACUACAAUGGGCAACAUACGAGCUCAGUCGGACUCCACAUGUCCUCAAGGCUCUUCACGCCGAGCUGGACAGGAUCUUCGGGCCCAACUCAGGUCCCGGUGACAUCCGCCAGAGGCUGAUAUCUGAAGGUGCAGUGGUCAUUGGACAGAUGUCGUAUCUUUCUGCAAUUAUCAAAGAGACACUCCGGCUGCAUCCACCAGGCGCAACGGCACGGAUGGCUGCUCCCGGGUCCGGAGAAUCGGUUCGACUGACGGACGGUCAACAGCUGUACAUCGACGGGCUUAUUAUUUAUAACUGUCUUUCUAUGGUUCAACGCGAUACACUCGUCUAUGGUGAAACGAGAAAUGAUUUCAUGCCAGAGCGCUGGUUGAACAAGACAGAAAUGAGCUCGUUUCCAGCUACCGCAUGGCGUCCAUUCGAGCGUGGUCCCAGGUCUUGCAUUGGUCAGGAGCUGGCCAAUAUUGAAGCGCGAGUCAUCCUUGCCUGCAUCGUGCGACGGUAUGAUUUCUCCAAGGUCGGCCUAGGGGAGACUGAUUACUCGGCAAAUGGUGAGCCGACUUUGAACAACAAAGGGCAGUAUAAAGUGCUUUCGGAGCUUUAUGAUGCUAGGGAGGUGACCCUUAAGCCGGUAGAUGGAAUGAGGAUGCGAGUCAAGUUCAGUCCAAAAGUCCACGAAGCAUCUGCCUCAGAAAAUGUGUAUCGCAACUAG